UUCCAAUGCCCACCUGCGGUCACACCAAUAAUUUGUAAACAAACAAAAAUGGAAUGCGUUUUGGACGAAGAGUUACUGGCCAACAUAAAAUGCAGUGACCAGGAAGAUGGAGACGAAGAGGACGAAAAGAUGCAGUUGGAGGAGCAGGUGCCGCCUCCCGAAUCUGUUGACCAGGAUGCCUCCUUCAAUGGGGAGGACUCCGAUCCGCUUCAGGAAACAGCAGCCCCCUGCAAUUUUUGCUGGGUUUUCGAGGACAGCGAUGUGCUGAUUACUGAGGACCAACUGGCGGACAUGGUGCUGAAAAAGGAGGACUCCUUCCGCCCUGCCGCACCAAAGCGAGGCCGUGGUCGUCCAGCCAGCAUCCCCGGAAACUAUAUAUCCUCCCGUGGUCAAGUAUGGAGCGUUACGAAGGAUGCCCAGGUGUUCGGAGAGGACCUUCCACUGCUGGGACAGCAGGCAAGUGGCAAGGGUCCCGCCCGCACGGUUUCCAAUGCCGUGGAGGCAUGGAUGCUACUAUUCGACGAUGAUAUGCUGCGAUCUUUGCUCCGCCAUGCCAACGAACAAAUACGGAAGAGGAGGACUCCCACAAGUGUCCAUCGACCCCUAGACGUUGUGGAGUUGCGAGCAUUCCUUGGCCUAAGCUACCUCUGCGGGGUAUUCCGCAAUGCCCGUUAUAGUGGGCCUUUGGAGGAGCUUUGGACCAUGGAACUGGGAAAUGCUAUAUUCCGGGCAUCCAUGACACUCACUCGAUUUGAGACCAUUUCCCAGUGUUUGGCGGGAAAUUGCGGCUGGGCCGAGGGUCAAAAACUGUGGCAGCGGUUGCUCAUCAAUUGUCGAUCCUACUACGGCUGCAGCAGUUGGUUGGCCGUGGAAGAGACCUCUUGCUCGGUGGCCAAGUCACGCAUGACCCUCUGUUGCGAUGCCAGAACACUGUUCAUGGCCAACGCCGUGGUGAGCAGGAGCCAGAGAUGUCCGGAAAAGGAUGUUGAGCAACUGAUAUGUGAUUUUAAAACCACCGGAAGAAAUGUGACGUUGGGAGCACGGUACCUAAAUUUAACGCAAAGCGAAAAGCUGAGGCAGCGACAAAUAAGCUCUCUGGGAUUACUCGACUCCACUUCUCCAGAUUGGCCUCGACAGUGGCCAUCGGAUUCCACCUUAUAUAGUGGCGCCUCCAAGAUUGUCCCCUACGACGGCGAAGCGAUUUUCUGCUGCGGUCUCAGCUCUCAAGUGGAUGUACUCCAGGCCUUUCAGCAAACCUCAAAUGCUUGCCAACAAUUCCAUGAACUUUCGCAACGCUUUAGCACUGCCCACGCCACGCCCGCAUCUCUAAGGGAGCAAGCUAAUCCCUUCCUGGAACUACUCCAUUUUAUACUCAAUGCGGCGGCUGUAAAUGCUUGGAUUCUCUUUCAACUUUCUUCCAAAGGCGACCCGGAAAUGGAGCAGCGUGACUUCCAGAGGCAGUUGGGUCUAUUCCUUACACAGCAGCGAUUACAGCGACAGCUUCAGCGAAAAUCUACCAGCACUUCGCUCGUGAUGCGACUGCAGAUUUGCGAGAUUCUGGGUCAAUCCAGCCAGCGACUGCUCAGUGAGGCGACCGGCGAGGCCCAGUUAAACCAUAGUGUGGGUGUCCUAACGCCAGACAAGAUGAGCCUACCCGUAGGCGUUAACCUGGCCAGUCGCUAUGGAGAGAAGCAUCGCCGGUGCAAACCGUGUACUCGGAAUAAACGCGGUACGAAAUCCCGAACGAGAUGCCAACAGUGCCUUCAACAUCGAUGCGGCAACCACCUUAUUUCCCGCUGCUACGAAUGCGUGGGCAUUCUUCCAGGCCAACUACCCGAGGGCAACAUGCGCGACGAAGACGGCAGUUAAAUACGGAUAUUAAAUAACAUUUAAUCAAGA